AUGGCGGACAAGAGCGGCGAGGUGUCCAUGUUCUUGACCAUGGUGAGUGGACAGGAGAUCCAACUUUCCUCGCCAUCCUUCCAGGGAGAGUCUGUGCAACAGCUUCGUCUUCGAGUAGCUGAGAAGCUUUCCGUGCCAUGCGGGCAAAUUGCAUUGCUUUGCGGGGCGGAGCUGUUGCGGGACAACCAGAAGUUGGGGUCGCUGCCCUGCGCCCAAGGCGCCUGUGAGGUGACGGUCAUGGUGAGCAGGAAGUGGGACGAGAAGCUGCAGGAGCUGCUGGUGGAUCGCAGCUACUUCAGCGCUGUCGGGAUUUGUUCCCUCUCCGAUGGCUCCCUCUUCGCAUACAGCCAAGGCGCGGAGCAGAAGCUUCAAGCCCCCCCGGACCAGAUGAAAGACAAGGAGGGUAAGCCUAUCGACGAGGCUCGAUGCCUCAAAGAGGCGGUGGAGGGGCGAGUGAGCGGCGGCCUGUGGCUGGCGGGCAAGAAGCUUCGGAUACUGCAGCACGACGCAGAUGAGGAGCUCACCACGGUCUUGGCGAUCAGCACCAACUGGCGCCACGACGGCCUCGGGCUGGUUGCGAUUAGCACCGGGAGCAACGUCCUGAUGUGCCGCUUUGAUGAGCCUGGCGUGACCCUUCAAGCCAUCCUGGGCAUGCUGAGGAAGGAAGCAUCGGCCUUCGCAGACUUGUUGAAGGCACAAGGCAUGUAA